AUGCCCGGCUUCGACUUUAGCAACUACAAUCGCAACGCAGCCUUACACGCACGGGGUGUCCCAUUACCAAAGGCAACUAGUACAGGGACAACCAUCGUGGGAUGCAUAUUCGACAAUGGUGUGGUGAUUGCUGCAGACACGAGAGCAACGAGCGGACCUAUAGUUGCGGACAAGAACUGCGAAAAAUUGCAUUACAUUUCUCCCAACAUCUGGUGCGCCGGUGCCGGCACUGCAGCAGACACCGAAUUCACAACCGCUCUCAUCUCCUCCAACCUCGAACUACACUCACUAUCUACGGGUCGGACACCCCGAGUGGUGACGGUGAUGACGAUGCUAAAACAACAUCUGUUCCGAUACCAGGGCUACAUUGGCGCAUAUCUAGUCGUUGCGGGGGUUGAUCCUACAGGAGUUGGAUUAUUCACUGUCCAUGCCCACGGUUCAACAGACAAACUCCCCUACGUCACUAUGGGUUCCGGUUCGCUCGCGGCAAUGGCAGUCUUCGAAUCAACAUGGAAGAAGAACUGCACCAGAGAGGAGGCGAUCAAAAUAUGCUCGGAAGCGAUCAUGGCCGGUAUCUUCAAUGAUCUGGGUUCAGGAAGCAACGUCGACGUGUGUGUGAUUGAAAAGGGCAGACCGUCACAGCUGAUGCGGAACUACAUCAAACCCAACGAGCGCGCAAAGAAGGAGCGUAACUACAAGUUUGCAAGAGGCACGACCGCAGUGUUGAAUGAGAAGGUCAUCACAAAGGAGGAGGUCGGGCGGUAUGUUACGGUGCAUGAGAUUGGAAGUGGAAGUGACUCGGACAGCCUGGUGGUGGUGGAGAAGAUGGAUGUGGACGAGGUAUGA